AUGGCCACUAUUUCCACGAGGUCCCAACCUUUGCAAAACCGUUUGUACAUCUACAAAGGCCUACCAUGCAACUCGCUGAUGCCAAGCAAAAACAAUGGUGGAUAUUUUCCAUUGAGUUCAGGACUUAAAAGCUUGAAUUGCCUGACAAUUACUAUCUCCAAAGACUUGUCAGUCACUUUGGGGUUGUUGCUUGCUGUGUUUAAAGACUGUCUUCUUUUUUUGCUUCCUUUUUUUGUCACAGAUACGUGUUCAGACAGAACUCCCCUCCAUGAGGCGGCCUAUCAAGGCCGACUCCUUCACCUCAUGACUCUCAUUGCUCAGGGCUUCCAGGUAAACACUCUCACCCUGGAUGGAGUCUCCCCUCUUCAUGAGGCAUGCCUCACAGGUCGCUACGCCUGUGCCAAAGUCCUCUUAGACAAUGGUGCAAAUGCUCAGGCAGUGUCAGCAGAUGGCGCCACACCUCUCUUUAACUCCUGCAGCAGUGGAAAUGUAGCUUGUGUCAGACUCCUCUUACAGCACGGAGCCUCCGUCCACACCGACCACCAGCUGGCUUCACCCAUCCACCAAGCUGCCAAAAACGGUCACAGAGAGUGUCUGGAGCUGCUGCUGUCGAGCGGAGCCCAGAUUGAUUUGGAGAUACCAGGCGUGGGGACCCCGCUGUACGCCGCCUGCAGGGCUCCGGCAGCGGAGUGUGUGGAGCUGCUGCUGCGUUCAGGUGCAGAUGUUGGCUCUGGAUGUGGGCAGAUCAGCCCUUUGCAUGCUGCGGUUUGUGCUGGAGAAGCAGACAUUGUUAAAUUUCUCCUGGACUUUGGGGCAGACAGAGCCAGCAGGAAUGCAGAGGGAAAAACUCCUCUCAAUCUGUCGGCACCAGACAGCGCGGUUCGAUUUGCUCUGGAGAGGAGAGCUCCCUGCUUUCUGUCUGAGCUUUGCCGUUUUUGCAUUCGCCGCAGUCUUGGGCGACCUCGUCUUCACAGAACCUCCAGCCUCUUCCUUCCUCACAGUAUCAAGAACUUCCUCCUCCAUAAAUGACACAUCUGUUUGCUACAUAGACCUCCAAUCAUCGACUGUCCAGGUAAAAUAGUUACAAAGGAAUAAUAUUCUCAAGACUACAACUGCACAUUUGUGUAUUUUAGGACAAUAUUGCUUUUAAAAUCAUAUUUGAUAUUUAAGCUGUACUCACAGGUUACAUUUUAAAUGACUCAGACUUUGUAUGUUUGUACUUCAAGUAAAUCUGUUUAACAUCCAUUUCUUUACAAAACCUUUAAAAGGUGAACACAGCCAGUUGCAUAUCUGGAUGUUCCCUUUAUUUUCUUUGUUGAACUGUUUUCUGAAGCCUUUGUGGCUCCACAGGGAGCUGUCUGAACGUCAGAUAAAUCACAGUUUGUUGUGGCUGAAGAGAAGAAGCUUGAUAGAAAUGAAAUAAACAUUUUGCUGAGUUUUUAAAAAAGUGAGGCUUUUAGAGUUAUGUUAUAUCUGCAGUGCGGCAUUUUCGUAACACAGGUUCGUUAAACACCUGAUUCAUCCCAAGAUUGCCCAAGGAAGGAUCUCUGACUAAUCAACAGAUGAGGAAAAUGUAAUCCCUUUAGAUAAACAGCAUUAUUCCUACAAUUUGUUUUCUUUACCCUCAAUAAAAUGUUUCAUAGCUGCCUUUGGCUUCAGUAUAACCUUAUCUCAGCAUACUCGAUGUCUCAACUGACUGCUACUGUACACACAUGCAGUUUCCAAAUUGUACUCAGUACAUCUCAACCAUAAACCAAAUAAAAAUAUUAAACAUAAAGGUCAAGAUCAUGACAAAAGUAAUGUACCAUGUCUGGAUUCUGCAGAAUACUGUGAAUUUCAUGUACUUGUACUAUCUUUCUUUUAAGAACAGGAGUGACAUACAAUCAAAGAUGUCUAAUAAGUCAGGAUUAGUCUUGAUUUCUCACAAUAUUUGUUUAAUUUUGUCAUGUUUUCAUGCACAUAAAAGUGUGAAAUUAGCUUAGAAGAUACAGCAGGAAGGAAGGAAGGAAGGAGGGUUUGAACAAAGUCAGGACCCGUAUACCCAAUGACUCCUAAGCCUGAAAGUACUUCCUUACACAUCAUUUUAGGAAAAUUCUUACUUUUACGUCAGCCAGCAUCUUAAGCCUUAAGAGAGCUCCUAAAGUGAUCAAAUAUUGGAAGUAAUGAGAAUUUUAAGUUACCCUAAAAGCAGGUGGAAAGAUGGAUAGAAAGGAGCAGAAUGUUAGUGAUGUGCCAACAGUAGGCACUGCAUGUUGAUGCUGUGCGGCAAUUAAUAACAUUUUGUAUAGUUUCAUCAUCAUAACUCACUUUUCUUAAUCCAGUUUAGCUUGUAUGAUCGAUUAAUUUCAAUCAACAAAUGUGGAAUGACCUUCAAAAGUGACCUUCAUGCUUGAAUCACUUUUUCACACAGUUGUGUAUGUUUGGACUUUUGCCCCUCCUUUUAUAAUAAACACCUUCAUUUAAAAA